AUGGCGACAACUGGAGGUGCGUUCAUUGCAGGCGGUAUCGCGGCAUGCGGUGCGGUCACAGUCACUCACAGCUUCGAGACGGUGAAGAUCCGUCUGCAGUUGCAGGGUGAAUUGCAAGCCAAGAGUGAGGCUGCUAAGAAGUACAAAGGUGUGCUGCAUGGUGUAAAGGUCAUCCUGCAAAAUGAGGGACCUCGGGGUUUGUUCCGGGGUAUUGGAUCUGCCUAUGUAUACCAAAUCCUGCUGAACGGCUGCCGUCUGGGCUUCUACGAGCCCAUCCGCUCAAACCUCACAUCCACCAUCUACAACGACCCCAAGGUCCAAUCCCUUGGUGCCAAUAUCUUUGCAGGUGCCGCUUCUGGUGUCAUCGGAGCUGCUGCCGGAUCGCCCUUUUUCCUUGUGAAGACUCGUCUCCAGUCAUACUCGCCUUUCCUCCCGGUGGGCACUCAGCACAACUACAAGAACUCGAUCGACGGAUUGAGCAAGAUCUACAAAGGCGAGGGUAUCAAGGGUAUCUACCGUGGUGUCGGAGCUGCCAUGAUCCGUACUAGUUUCGGCAGUUCCGUCCAGCUCCCCACAUACUUCUUUGCCAAGCGCCGUCUGACCCGCCACUUGGGCAUGGAGGAGGGUCCUGCUCUGCACCUGACCAGUAGUGCAGUGUCUGGCUUCGUUGUGUGCUGCUUCAUGCACCCUCCCGACACGAUCAUGGCCCGUAUGUACAACCAGACUGGUAACCUGUACGGCGGUGUCUUCGACUGUCUUCUCAAGACCGUUCGCACCGAGGGUCUUUUCGCCAUCUACAAGGGCUUCUUCGCCCAUCUGGCCCGCAUUCUACCCCACACCAUCUUAACCCUCAGUCUGGCUGAGCAGACCAACAAGUUGAUGCGGCGCGUCGAAGAUCGGGUUCUGCCCGACUCUUUCCGUGAAGGAAUCUAA